GCAGACAAGCCAGACUGGAAUAUAUCUCAUUGCAAUGAAAACUAAUCUCAAUGCAUUAAGUAAAUUGAGAUGUAGCUGGAGGGAGACACUGAGCUUAUAUGGUGGAGAUCUCUACCAUUAUUUGUGUAUAAUGAGAAAAUGAUGCCUUGUGCCAUCUUGAAAAGGAGACAUUGUAUUAAUGCUGUUAAUAUUAUAAUCACUAUGAGAUCCCUCUUGCCUCUCUUUCUUAGAUGUUUAUAUAUGUAUUGACUUGAGAGGCAAUGAGAAGGCAGAACAAACAUCAUUAUCUCUCUCAACGCCUUCUCUUUGAUCAAUAACAAAGAGCUUAGAUUCCGAAAAAAUGGCAGCCUCUUUCCACGUUCGCUCUAACAGUUUCCCUUCUAGAACACACCCACAAGCCGCUCAUGUCGAUGAGCAGUUGGCCAGAUUGAGAUCAUCUGAGGAAGCCUCAACAUCUUCUACCUAUUCAAUCUGCAAAAGAAUUGACAACCUCCAAGAGCUACAUGAGUCACUUGCCAAGCUUAUUUGCCUACCCGUCACACAACAUGCUCUAGCUCAAGGACAGAACAAGAAAGCCGUCGAGCAGCUUCUUGAUGGAUCACUAAGGAUCUUGGAUUUGUGCAACAUUUCUAAGGAAGCUUUAUCGCAGAUGAAAGAGGGUCUCAUGGAGAUCCAAUCGAUUCUACGAAGAAAGCGAGGAGAUUUAUCAGGAGAGGUGAAGAAAUACUUAGCCUCAAGAAAGUUCCUCAAGAAGACAUUCCAGAAAGUACAAAAGCCCUUGAAGCUUGCACGAGAUGGAGAAUCUUUGGCUGUCUUUGGAGAAGCAGAAGUUGUUACAAUUGCUCUGUUUGAUUCUCUUUUCAGCUACAUGUAUGGAUCAAAGAUUUGUGGCAAAUGGUCACUUGUCUCAAAGCUAAUGAGCCAGAAAAGAGUUUCAUGUGAAGCACAAGAAAAUGAAUUCACAAGGGUUGAUUCUGAAUUUCAAUCUGAAAAGACCAUGAAGAUAGAAGAUGUUCAGAUUCUAGUAUCAUGCAUUCAAGAUCUUGAAGAUGGAGUUGAAUCACUUUCAAAGUCAUUGAUCAAAUAUAGAGUCUCAAUUCUUAACACAUUAGGCCAAUAAAGCCUAUAAAUUUUGUAUAGCAGAGAAGAUAAUAGAAACGUCUUCAAAGUCUCAGUUCUAAAGUGCUUACUUAUUUAAUCUCUGACUCUUUAACCAUCAAAGAACAAGUUCAUUCUAGAAAAAAAGAAAUCAGAAAGUUCAGCAUUAACUCUUUGAACUCGAAAAUUACACAAACUUUUAACCUAAUAGUAAAACAUUAGUUUAAUAACUUAAUUCAUGUAAUUGGAGUUGUCUUUGGUUAUUUAUUACAAUAAAAUCUCUGAGUAAUGAGAUAAUUGAAUUUCACACGUCCCAGCAAUGAUACCUCUGUUAAUGUCUGUAUGGUACCAUACAUUUGAAGUGAUUCAAGAAAAAAAAACUUUAAAGUCUUCAUGUGCGCAUGUUAAAAUAACGACGAAUAUGGAUCUUGCCGUCUAUUAUCAAUAUUAAACUUUGUUUUCUUUGGAUCCACACUUUUUUUUGAACUAAGAUCCACACGUUUUCUACAACUAAUUACUCGUUCAUGUCUAUGGAGUGGGACACCAAAAAGUAAAGAACUUUAAAAUUCUCGGUGUGCAUGCACAUGUCAAAAUAGCUGGAUAAGGAUCUUGUCUCUAUUCUAAUAUUGAAACGGUCGUUUAUUUACAAAUCUUGGUAUAGUAUUAAGGUACACAUUUUUUUUGUUCGGUUGAAAUAUUUUAGAUACAAAAAUAAAUAAAUUUAUUUUAGUUAAUGAUUUAGUUCUUUGUGUUUGAUUUGAUUUUUUUUUGUUUUGGUUAAAAUGCUAGAAAUUAGUUAUAGUAGUGCAUAAUUUAUCCUUACAUUUUAUCUAAUAAUAUUAAUAAUAAAUAUUAAUUAUAUUUGACUAAAUUUGUAACACUGAAAAGUAAAUUACAAAAGAAACGAAAAGAAACGCACGUUAACGUAUGUUCCGCACUACAACCAAAGCGUAAUCACGUAUGUUCCGCACUACAAACGCACGUUAACGUAUGUUAUUUUUGUUUUGUUUUCACAAGUGCGGUUUCGAUCGGUUACUGUUGGGUUAUUCAAUUUUUUCUUGACUGGUAACAUAUGUGUGGUAACAUAUGCGUUUUUUCUCUUUCCAUACCACAAAUACGCUCCGCUUUUUGUACGCCAAUCACAACAUUAGACUUAGGGUCUGACUGGUUCAACCGCAACGGUUGCGGUUGCGGAAGUUUGCGGAUGCAGGUGGUUGCGGUUUCUAACGGUUUUACGAGAUUUAUACGACUGGCUCUGUGGUUAAAAAUUGGUGCGUUUGCGAGAUACUUAUGACUGGUUAACUACCAAAUGCAACAGCGGUUAAAUA